AUGGCCGACGCUUCCUGUAGCGGCGGAACGCCUUUCAAGCAGCUAAUAGACCAUCAGUCGCGCGAUGUCAGCCAUCACCAAGACCGUUUGGUUAACGGCAACCAAACCCGCGGGGCUUUUCGAUCAAGGCCUCAGAACAUGGCGCAAGGCCCUCAAGAAUUUGACGCUUUUAUGGGCACGCCAGCUGGUCUUCCAGGCAUGCACCACGAUCCCGCGGGCCGACUCGCCGCUCACGCCGCCGCCCUGAACCCCGCGCAGGCCGCCGCCAGUCACUUUGGGCCGGCUGUCGCCCACGACCUCGCAUAUCAGACGUCUUCCGGCGGUCCCGAGUUGGGCAACAACUGGGCGGCGGACUUUUCGAACUUUGCCGCUCAGCAGCAGCAGCGCCAGCCCUUGCAGCAGCCGCAACCGCAGCAGCGACAGGGCCCCAUAUAUGCCGGCGCCGCCAACCCCAUGCAAACGAACUUUCAAAGCGCCUUUGCGCCGCACCCGACGAACUUCUCCUCCUUCUUUGCACCCGCGGGUGGUGCCUACGCCCAACCACAGGCCGCCACCGUUGGCGAGGCUGACUUUGACCAGGAGAUGGCGAAGUGGAUGGCUAGCAACGCCGCCACCGGCAACAUGGCGCAGGUUGAUGCCGCCAUGGAGCAAAUGGCCCGCGAGCUCGAACUCAACGAGCAGGCACUCGCGGAGGGCACUGAUGCUGCGACGACGACAGCCGCCGCUGCGCAUGAUGAAAAGCACUUUUCGGACCUCGGCGUCCCUGAACUUAACAACCUGACGCUCGAGAACCGCGAGGCGCCGAUUGUCACGCCGCCCGAGCCCCUUCAGGAAGAAAACACAGCAGCCGAGAUGCUCUCAGACGACGCACGCAACAAGUCGGCCGUCUCCGAGGCGGCGGAGCGGCUGCUCGAGUCGGUGCAGCACGAGAGCGGCGAAAAGUGGCAGAAUUCCGUGUUUCUCGCUCUGAUGCGCGAUUUUCGUGACGGCAAAAAGGACAUUGUUGGCAACGAGGUACAGCCGACAGACGGGCCUUCUGGAGAAGGCGAUGUGUCCGCCGUCGCCACCGCUGCGGAGACUAUUGGCGACGACGCGCCAGCAGCAACGUGA